UUUCAUGUUGAGAUCAUUGUAUUAACUCACGUCGAUCAUUUCAACACACACAGAAAGAGAAGUCUUCUGGUUAAAGACAGAUUUGUUUAAAAAUUACUACGUCAAUGGUGACAGCAUUUGAUGAAAACGUGACGAGAAUUCAAGAUCGAUCAAUAUCAAAGCGUUGACGUUUUGAGAGCCAUCUUUUUGGACAAUGCGUUUAUUGGGAUUUUUGAUUCGUUUGAAGAGCGAGGGAAAAAAACCAAGAAGUAGAGUCGAAGAAUGUCAAAGAAUAUCCGACCCGAAAGGCCGCGUUUCUGUGGGCAAAGAGAAGAAAGAGUGGAAUCAGCUCCAUACUGCUGCAAGAGACGGUGAUAUCACCAAAAUGGAAUCUUUCCUCUCUGGUGGAAUUUGUAUUGACUCGCAAGAAAGCACUCAUAAAACACCACUGAUGAUUGCCGCUUUUAAUGGCAAGCUACGGGUUGUUAAAUGUCUAAUUGAAAACGGAGCAGAUAUGUCGUUAGUAGACAACAGUGGAUGGAACUCAUUACAUUUUGCCUCACAGGGGGGUAAUCCUGAUAUCAUUGAUCUCAUAGCCAGUCACGUGGCAGAUAUUGAUUUACGCGCUCCUAAGGCUUUCACUCCUCUUAUGGUUGCUGCUGAUAACGGCCGUCUAAAUGCCGUGAAGUAUCUUCUAAAAUCAGGAGCAGAUCUCUCGUUGGAAGACGACAAUGGUUGGAAACCUUUACACCAUGCCGCACGAGGUGGUAAUACCGCUGUCAUAGAACUGUUCCUCAGUGACAUGGAAGAAAUCGACCCCAGGGCCAACCGAGGUGAGACACCAUUAAUGAUUGCUGGUUACUAUGGCAACCUACAGGCUGUAAAGUACUUACUGGAAAAGGGAGCUGAUCCGUCGCUAAGAGACAAGAGAAGAUGGAACUCGUUGCAUCAUGCCUCUAGAGGAGUAAGUCCCGCUGUUAUUGAACUACUUCUCAAUCACGUGCCUGAUAUUGACUCAACAACAGGUCAGCUGUAUACGCCCUUAAUGAUCGCUGCUGGAAAUGGUAGACUUGAGAUCGUUGAACUUCUCGUACGAAAAAAAGCAAAAUCGAACGUGAAAGAUAACAAUGGAUAUGCUGCAAUUGACUGGGCUUUGCACAGUCAAGAACCGCGCAGUUCGCAUUAUUAUUUUGCUCGACCCGCCCUAGCAUUUGAAAUCCCAAAUUUUGAACAGUGCAUGUCCCAAUAUUGCAAUUGGUAAACAACGAAUGCUAGGAAAUAAAUACAUGUAUCCGACAAAUAAAGUUAAACAAUGACGAAUUGAGAGUGUUAGAAAAUGGAAUUCGUCUCAUCAUCUCAAGGAGUGUUUUGGCUCAGAUAUCACUGAGUAACUUGUAAGCCAUAUGACUAAAUUAACUUCAAACCAGGUCAGUUCUGCGCAAAAUUUGAGAUAUCUCCGGUUCGUACGGUGAACACAUAAAUGGACGCGUGGCACAUGACAGGGCUUUGCGUUGAAAAGAACCAUAUUUUAAUAUAUUUUUUAUUACUUUUGCCCACCCACCUUAGUAUUUGGGCCUAAUUAGUUCAAAAGCACCCAGAUAAAGAGCGCGGGGGCCGUAUUGGGGAACAUUGACCCGACGUUUUGGUAGUGCAGACUGGGUGCAGCAAGGUGCGUACAAUAACGACCGAGGGCCAAUAUUCCCCAUUACGGCUUGAGCAAGCGAGGCUAGAAAGUAGGUUAUUGAAUGGCAAUCAAACCAAACUUGAAUUUACCAGGUUUCUAAAGCAAAAUUACAAGGCUUAGGCUUAGGACCGUAUGGCUAAUUCCCAACCACUACAAACCAAUUUAUCUUCAGAAAAAAAACUGAAUGAAACCGUAUAGUUUCAAUGUUCCCAGCAUUCAGAACAGCGGACCAAGCCAAGCCUCGUAUACUUUCAAGCAUAAGGAAUAAAAGUAUCGAUUUCUAUGUCCUUGUUUUAUUUCUUUCUUGCUCCAACACUCUCGAAAACUCGCUUCACUUACUCGUCUUCAGUCGCCUCUCGAGUUUUCGAUUUUACCGAAAUAAACCCGCGAGAGAUUCGCUUGGAUGAGACAAAACCUCUGUUUCUCUUCUUACCGACGUCUACUUAAUCUUGGUAGUUCUAGUCUUCCACAACCCUGUGGCCACGAAUUUGAAAGAGACUGGGUCAGAGAUGAAAUAAUGUUUUAAGUUUUUAUGAAGUUUG